GAGAGUACCUGCCACGAGAUGAAUUGGUAAAUAAAUACAGGGGCGUUAGCAUAUCAUAUUAUGCGUCGUAUGAUAGCUGGCUUUCUCACACUUCUUGAGUCGAAGUUAUACAUAUACAUCUCGAGUACUUUUAAGUACAGACAUAACCAUCAUGCUGAAUCUUCUACGCACGCGUACCUUUCCAGCACUCUCCAGUGUUGCGCUAAACCCACUUGCGUACAGAGCAUUUAGCACCACAACGACUUCAAAUGUAACAGCACUUGCGCUCAAGCACGGCGUUAAACUACGCGCACAAGCCCGACGAUGCUUCCACUCCAAUAAUAAAAUCAUGUCGGCUGAGAAGUCAGGCGCAAAAGCCAAAGGUAAAGAGCAACCAAAGACAAGAGAGAUGAUGGACUACAAAAACAGGGCUGCUGGCGAGAUCACCACUGCUCGCAAAGUUGUUGAAGCCGGAAGGGAUCUGACAUAUCUGGGUGUCAUCAUAUUUGGUGUUGGGCUCACGGGUGUCUUCGCGUACAGUGUGUUUGGCGAGUUAUUCGGCGGCUCAACGCCCAACGCCUUGUAUUCCACUUCUGUUAAGCGUAUCCGAGCGGACGAGAGGGCAAAAACCCUACUUGGAGACAGCAUCAAGGCUUAUGGAGAGGAAACUCGCCGGGGUCGCCGGCGCCACUUGACUUCUCAAGAGUAUGAGGUAGAAGGUGAGGUAUACCUGCGAAUGCGCUUCUAUGUGGAGGGCGAGCGCAAUGAAGGCACCGUGCAUCUGGAGGUGAAGAAAAAAGGCCGCACUGGAUUCGAGUGGCGAUACUUAAUGAUCGAAAUUCCAGGUAACGGCCUUCCGUCGGAGUUCGUUGUGAUGGAAGACAACAGGUGAUUAAUUCGGAGGAUCUCUCGUGUUGUGUCUUAUCCCCAGCGCUAAUGAAGUCGUCCUGGUAAUCCUUGUAAAGAAUAUUACGGUCGCUAGAAGGGUCUUCUAAUAUAUAAUUCAGCCUAAUUGGAAAGCUAUAAAUCUCGAUACUGUACAUUCCUGUC